AUGAGGAAAGCCAAGGCCCCUACGUCUAGGAGAGCUGAUAUCCAGCACCUGCACCAGUCCUACGCCUCAGGGCAGCCCCUUUUGCCUGCCCGCGCCCUCCUCAGCUUCCUGCACAGAGAACAGAUGGAGACCACAGCAAAUGAAGAGACUGCAGAGAGUUUGAUUGACAGAUAUGAGAUUGAAGAGACAGCCAGAGAAAGUAGGUCCAUGACAUUUGAAGGAUUCUUCAGGUACAUGGAGUCCAAAGACUGCUGCGUGUUCAACCAGGCCCACGCGUCUGUGUACCAACACAUGGAAAAGCCUCUCAGCAGCUACUUCAUCUCCUCUUCACACAACACCUACCUAACUGGAGAUCAGAUUGUCGGAAAGAGCCACCUGGAUGCAUAUGUUGGGGCUCUGAGGAAAGGCUGCCGCUGUCUGGAGAUUGACUGCUGGGAUGGGCCGGACAUGGAGCCCGUAGUCUACCAUGGCUACACCCUGACCACCAAGAUAUUAUUUAAGGACGUCGUCGCCACUGUGGAGCAACACGCCUUUGGGGUGUCUGCUUACCCGGUGAUCCUGUCGCUAGAAAAUCACUGCUCCGUGGAGCAGCAGGAGGUCAUGGCCGCGUACCUCGUUUCCAUCCUGGGGGAGAAGCUGCUGAGCAGCCCCUUGGAUCCCGCCACCACUGGAGACCUCCCCAGCCCCAAUGACCUGAUGUAUAAGAUCCUCAUCAAGAAUAAAAAGCUAAAGGAUCACGCUCAGGCUGAGAGCGCAUCAGGGACAGAGGCCGAGGAGAGUGUAGAUGAUGUUGAGGAUGAGGAAGAGGAGGAGGAGGAUAAUGACGAGGAUGAGGAGGAAGAGGAGCGACAGACCAAAGCUAAGUUCUGGCCUCACAGGAAGGCAGUUGCAAAGACAAAACAUAAGAAGAAGGUUGCGGUGGCAGAGGCUUUGUCUGACCUGGUCGUAUACACCAGGUCUGUCAAGUUCAUCAGCUUCACUCAUUCCAAGGACAACCAGAACCUCUAUGAGAACACAUCGAUGGCAGAGAAGAAAGCUCGCAAGCUAGCCAAAGCUUCAGGUGCAGAUUUUGUUCAGCACAACCAGAGGUUCCUCAGCAGGAUUUACCCGGCCGGCUCGAGGACGUCUUCUACCAAUUACAACCCUCAGGAGUUCUGGAACGUCGGUUCACAGCUCGUCGCUCUCAAUUUCCAGUCCCUGGGCUUGUCCAUGGACCUUAACGACGGCCGUUUCCAGGACAACGGAGGCUGUGGAUACGUCCUGAAGCCAGCGGUGCUCAUGUCCAGUCAGGAGACCUUCGACCCCAGCUGCGGCCAGCACGGCCCCAACUCCACACACCUGCUGCUCAAGAUGAUUAGUGGUUCCAACCUACCCAUCUCCAGGAGUGGGAAACCUCUGGAUUCCUUUGUCAGAGUGGAGAUUCAUGGGAUUCCAUCUGAUUCGCGCAAAAAAACGACCCACACUGUCAAGAACAACUCUCUGAGUCCUCACUGGGGCUCGGACAUGAACUUCAGCCUCAGCGUCCCGGAGCUUUGCCUCAUCCGCUUCUGUGUCCGCGAGCAGACGGGCCUCCUCAGCAGCGACUUUGUGGGCCAGUACACUCUGCCCUUCACCAGCCUGAAGAAAGGCUACCGCUGGGUGCCUCUGCGAUCCAGAGACGGGUGCAGCCUGGAUCCAGCCUCCCUCUUUGUCUUUGUUUGGUAUCCCUAA